AUGCUCUCUCAGUGCUCUCCUCUCCGCUUUGGCUCCGUCACAGUCACAAAGGGUGGCGCAAAGAAGACACUCAACUAUGAAGAUGAACAAACACUCUUCACAGUCCUUACAGAAGCUGGCCUUAUGUCAACAGAAGGCACAUGCAGUGGCAACAGAGCUUGCGGAAAGUGCUUCUGCAAGCACACAGGUGGCAAAGUUGCUGAUGCCGAUGAGGAAGAGAAGGAAUUCCUUGAAGACCAGCCAGCUGGCACACGCCUUGCUUGCUGCAUCACACUCACAGGCGAGAACAACGGUGCUACAUUCGAGGUCUAA